AAUCAUAUGUUCUUGAGUGUUUUUCUUCUCUUUUCCACCCUUGCUUUUCACUUGGGUGUUUUUGUUUUUGUUGGUGCAGAUCUGAAUCAUGGAUCCGCAUGGCUUCUCCAACCAUUGGGGGUAUCCACCACCAUCCGAGUGGUAUUACCCCGAGACUCCCUGGAGCAAUCAAGGAGGAGAAGACUAUGGAUUCGGGUUCCAGUACCAACCCCCUUACUACGGAGAACAAUCAGACCCCUGGGCAUAUCAAGAACAACCUCAUUAUCAAGAAGAAUUUCUCCCACAACAAGAAGGGCCAUCGGAGCUGGAGUUACCCAUGGCGACCUUCACGGGCCAUUCUGCAGAGCCAUGCUACACUCAACAACCAGAUCCAAAUUAUGAGUUGAGGCUUCUCAUGGAGCAGUUUGCUUGAGACAGUGAGAGAUCAUUGUCUAGGAUGGAUCUUUGUACCCAGGCCUAUCGUGAAACACAGGAGAUCCUCCUGAGCCUUAAGAAGAGCGUCGAUGAUCUUAAGCGAUCUUGUGCACAACCUGCUCCAGAUCACCCUUCUGCUACCAUACUAGAAGAGGAGGAGGAAGAAGAAGGCUACAAGGACAUUGUGGAGCACACUGAAGUUGUCACGGAGAGCUCCCGUGAUGAUCAUGAUCAGGAAUGUCCUGUCGUAGCCGACCACACCUUCCCACAUCCCAAACUGAGCUUUGAAGAGGCGAGCAUGAGUGAGGAUAUGCAAGAAGAUCCCAUGAAAGAAAUUGCUUGGCAACUUGCUCUCCAAUCCGUGCUAGAAGAAGAAGAGCAAGAAAGGGUGCAGAAAAAAGUUGUGGAGGAUGACGAAAGGGAAGCAGAAGGAGUUCUUGAUCAUUUCUCAGGGGUGAUACCACAUUAAGAAGAAAGGGAGGUUGAAGAAGCAAUUGGUGUCCAGGCUGAGGGCAAAGUUGAGGUGGAAGAGGCUUGCACCGGCCAUGAGUUGCAUGUGAUAUCUCCACCAAACUUCGAGGAACUACUUAGCAAGGACCCAUUUGCAGUGUCUCUUUUCCAGACCAAGGCCACAUCGACAUCGGUUCCUCUUGGUGGACGCGAUGGUGGUCAAUCGAUGCUGUCAUAUCUAGCCUAAGGAAAUGAGACGAGAGAAGAGAAGAAGAGGCCUCGAGGGUGGAGACUUCAUUCGCAUCAAGUGCACGAGCUUCCAUCACCUGUCAUACCACAUGCUCGUGACUUGAGACUCCCCCUCAUUGACGAGAACCUCAACUUCAAGGAGGUUUUGGGGUGGACCGAAACUUAGGAGCCAUCGUCCGGCUCACGACGUUAAAGAAGCGCUUGUUGGGAGGCAACCCAACCAGUCGGUUUGCAUUUCUUUCUCUUUUUCUCUUCGGUUGAGUCAGUUUUGUUAUUUGAUUUUAGAGUCAAUAACUCAACCUUUGUGAGAUUUUGUGUGGUGUUUGUGUUCUGACUACUCUCUCCUCCUGGAAUGCACCACCUGCCUCGUCCACCAUCAUUCACCCUUGAUCUGGUAACUUCGUUCUACCCUCCUUAUCUUUCCUCCAUUGAGGACAAUGUCGUGCUUAAGUGUGGGGGGAUGUUCGAUUAUGUAUGCGGGUGAAUGUUUAGCUGUUUGUGUGCUUGGAGCCUAGUCCACUGUCCAAAUUUUUAAAUUUGAGGGCUCCAAGUACGUGUUUCCUUGCAAAUUGCAUGCUCAGUAUACUUUGAAUUGAUAGUCUCUAUAGUAAUGUGCAACCUAGGGAGGUAGUGUAGCACUAUGGAGGAUGUUGAAGUAUAAGAUUUUUCCUAUCUAGCUCUCUGCUGUGCCAGUUGAUUUUGUGAAUUAGUGGAGCUAAGACCGUUGAAUUCAUGUGGUAAUGGUGACUCUGUUUGGAUUGUGUUAUGGACUCGUGUAUCGAACAGGGUGCUCAUGUGAAAAAUGAAAAGAAGUUGGUCCUCCAUGUCGAAAUCAUUAAAUCUUAAACAUGGGGGUAAGCCCAAUGUGUGUGGUACAGUUCAUUGCACAAAAUGGGGUUUUGGAAGAGAUUCUAGUGAUCCUUAGUGGGGUACUCCUACAAGGUGAAGCUAAGUUGUCUCUAGUACAAGUAAAACUUCCACCCGUUGAAUGGUUCGCCUACUUGAGGAUGUGUUUUUAAGGGCACGGAUAGAGCUUCCGACCCCCCUUAAUUUUAUUGACCCUCCACAUGAGUUGAGGAAAAGGAGUUAAAAGAAGUACUCUGGCGAGCGCCAGAUGUACAGAAAUUGCUCUUGCUCGACUAAUAAGAGUCGACCAUGCAAAAGACUGCAGUUGGAACCCCCGCUAAGUGAAUGAGAAAAAAAAAAGAAGUAAAAUGAAAGUGAAAAAGGGGUUCCAAUGGUGAAAUGAAGUGAAAGAGCACCCCAGUACAACGAGUCCUAGGUUGUGAAUGGUGUGAGUUCCUUUAUCCAUUAAUUGACCGUCUUACUUCUACUUCUUCUCAUGAAGUGAAAGAGCACCCCAGUACAACGAGUCCCUGGCUUGAGUCUAGUACUCGCAUUGAGAGAGAUAGGGGACGUCUUAAAAGACCAGUUGACCUCGUAAGCUGAUUUAUGAUCUAGAAAGUCCUCUACCGACGAUCGGGGUUGUUUGUUGCUAUAGAGAUCUGGAGAGUUGCAUUGGUUUGAGUCAGGUUUGCUUGGGGACAAGCAAACAUUUAAGUGUGGGGGGAUUUGAUGACUCGAUAUUUGCACAUGUUUUCCCCUUUGUUUCUUGACUGUUUGAGCUUUAAUUAUCGCGUCUUUGGCCUAUUUUACGCUAGGUUGUGUUCCUUUCUCACAUUUCAGGUCCUAGCACAUAAAGUGAAGCAUAGGCGCAAGUUUCAAGUCAAUCAGAGAUCAAUUGGCGAUUAGGGAGAAGAAACUCGGGCAUGACCUGAAGAAGAAUGGAUUUCUACCUCACUUUAUGGACAAAGAAUCAUGCAAGCUUGUCAUGAAAAGAAAGUGGACGAGACUACAAGCUUCUGGGAUCAAACGGUGACUGAUUCGAAGUCCGGACGAGGGAGAAACGAAGCAUUGAAUAUAGGGGAACAUGGUCGGCAGUAAAAACAUGGGCUGGCCUAAAGAAAAACACGGCUGUGUCCAUAUUUAGGCACAACCGUGUUUUGGCCGACGAGGGCUGCUGGGGAAAAAACACGGGCGGGCAAAAGUAAAACACGGUCGUGUCCUCGACCGUGUUUUGUCCAUAAUCGGGGUUCUUAGGCAGAUUGAAGCCAAAGGAAAGGGAGAGCUGGGUUUUGGAUCCCAAACACCCAAGGGACGAACCAAGGAGAGAUAGGGCGAUUUGAGGGCAUUCUUGGAGGGGAAUUGGAGGAUUUCUUCGCCUUGGAAGCUCGAGGAACAAGUCCGGACUUGAAGACUGAUCAACUAAAGAUUCUUACUGCAAUCUCUCUCUUCUCUAUGGAGUAACUUCCCUUCACUUAGGUUUUGAGGAACCCUAGCUAUGUUUGUUUGAUUGGAUGAUUGUAUGAGUACUCUUACUUGAUAAUUUUGAGUUCAUAUUCAAUCUAUGCAUGUUUUCAUGAUUCAAUUCUGCUUUAGUCGAGAUUAUUGAUUCUGCUUUGAUCCUAUGAGAGCGAAUACCUGAUUAGGUCAAUAGAGCACCAUAGUUUGAUAGUAGUGGAUCGAUUGCUUUAGUCGAUGGUUGAUUCACUGCUUUGUAUAGAUUGAGAACCUCUUUCGAUAGAGGGAGUCUAGUUCAGAAUGCCUUGAUCGGUUGUUCUAGAGAAGGAUACGUCCCUCUAGGCAAUUGACUCAAGAGGGCCUUGUUCCUUUAUUCGAGACUCAAGGUCUAGUCAAGGAUUCUCCGCAUUGUGAAUGAAAGUGAAACAAGUUAGAGACCAUCAAUCAUUAAUCUGGCUAGUGGCUAGGGGGAAUCAUACCUAAGUGAGUUCCCAACCUGUAAUAGAUUAACUUUAACUCUAGUUUGCUAGAGUAGUUUUAGUUCUUCCUUAUUAAUCUUGUUUGCUAAAUAAUGAAUUAAAGCUGAGUAAUAGUAACUCUAGAGACCCGUGGAUUCGAUAUUUAUUACUUGAGCCACUAUACUGCAGUCCCUUCCAUUGGUUACACUUGGCCAUUGUUAGGUGUUGUGUUUUAGGGAGUCAUGAGCUUUGCGUUUAUUUGGUAGUAUGUUUAGAAAUAAAGUUUUGUAAGUCGG